UCCCGGUUCAGCCGUCGAAGCUGUAGCUGCUAACUGCUGUGUGUCUGCUGAACAUGGCCGCAGGUCCUCAAUCUGUCUCUUCUAAUGCCUCCGCAACCAACGAUGGUAUUCUCAUCGGCGACAAAGUUUACUCUGAAGUGUACCUUACGAUAGACAACUCGCUAAUACCGGAGGAGAGGUUGUCUCCGACACCGUCCAUGCUCGACGGCCUCGACCUGAACACAGAAACCGACCUCCGUAUCCUCGGAUGUGAGAUCAUACAGUCGGCGGGUAUUCUUCUCCGUUUGCCGCAGGUCGCAAUGGCGACAGGGCAGGUUCUGUUCCAUCGGUUCUUCUACUCCAAAUCCUUCGUCAAACACAGUUUUGAGAUUGUUGCUAUGGCUUGUAUCAACUUGGCCUCUAAGAUUGAAGAAGCGCCGCGACGAAUACGAGACGUCAUCAACGUUUUUCAUCACCUGAGGCAGCUCAGAGGCAAAAAGACUCCAAUUCCACUGAUACUUGAUCAGAACUACAUAAAUACCAAAAAUCAAGUCAUCAAAGCAGAACGGCGUAUCUUGAAGGAGUUGGGCUUCUGUGUUCAUGUCAAGCAUCCACACAAGAUCAUAGUUAUGUACCUUCAAUUCCUGGAAUGUGAAAAGAACCAGACGCUGGUCCAGACUGCCUGGAACUACAUGAACGACAGCCUGAGUACCAACGUGUUUGUGAGGUUUCAAGCUGAAACCAUCGCCUGUGCCUGCAUAUACCUCGCUGCUCGCGCUCUGCAGUUACCUCUUCCAACCAGACCUCAUUGGUACCUGCUGUUUGGAGCCAGUGAGGAGGAGAUUAAAGAGAUCUGCAUCACUACACUCAAACUCUACACCAGGAAGAAGCCUAACUACGAGCAGUUGGAGAAGGAGGUGGAGCGACGGAAAGUGUUCUUGGCAGAUGCAAAGUUAAAAGCCAAAGGCCUGAACCCUGACGGGACCCCCGCGCUGUCCUGUCUCGGCGGCUUCUCUCCUUCCUCCAAACCCUGCUCCCCAAAUGUGGUCAAAGUCGAAGAGAAGUCCCCGAGCCAGCAGACUGUAAAACUGGUUAAGAAGGAGCCGGAAAACCGCACUCAGGUCAAGAGUCCACAUAACGGCCUAAGAAAGGAGGUAAAGAUUGGGAGGAACAGCAGGAGUGGAAGUGGCUCUCGUUCCAGAACGCGAUCCAGAUCGAGAUCCCGCUCCCCUCACAGACAUUACAACAGCAGACGCAGCCGCUCAGGAACGUACAGCUCGCGUUCACGCUCGCGCUCUCACAGCCGCAGCCCAUCGCCACGACGACAUCCGCCAUCACCCCUCCUCCCCCACCUCAAGACCAAAUCAAGCCACCACAACAGCGAGUCCAAACUUAGUGGGCGUCACGGUAACAGCGGAGGUGGAGGUUCUGGGCACAAGAGGAAGCGCUCACGGUCCCGCACUCCCGUCAAAGUGGACAGAGAGAGGGACCGGGAGAGAGACAGAGACCGCGCCGCUUACGACGGCUCCUCGAAGAAACACAAACACGAGCGAGGCGGUGGACAUCGGGACAGGAGGGAAAGGGAGAGGUCUCGGUCCUACGAGAGGGAGCGUAGUCACAAGAGUAAACACCACGGCAGCAGUGGACACUCAGGACACGGUCGCCACCGGCGCUGACACACUUGAACAGACCAGUUCUGGGGCUGAUGGUCACCUUCCAGUUUGCACAGACUAAAGUCAAGUUGGGCGUGUUCUCCGAGUUGUGAUGUCUCGUGUUUUCUUCUGAAACCAGUUUAGUGUUUACACGAGCAGCGAAGAAAAGCCACGAAUGUGGAAGUGAACACUUAUUUUCAGCUUGUGGCUCGUUAACAUGUGAACGCUGCAUGUGAGCUCCGUGACGAAGAGAACACGCCACACUUGGUCUUUAUUUGCAGGGCAGUGUUGCAUCUAUCACUCCUGCAUAUUUGAGUUUAUAGCUUCGUAUUCGUUUCCUAAAUUUGAUCAUUAAAUCCAUAAAAUCACUCAAAUUUAAUUAAAAAACAAACCUCUAGCUGUUUAGUUUUUUUCACCCAGUGAGACCAGUUUAGUAACCCACUUGAAAUGACCAAACACCUACAGCAACUUCUAAAAAUAAAUGUAUUGCUUUAAAUUUGAUUUCUCUGGCAGUGUAUUGUGCUGCUUGUCAAAAUUGGUCCUUUUUUUUAUAUAUUAAGAAGAAGCCCAGUGUGAUUUUUUUAAAUUAUUAUUAUUUUUGUCAACAAGCUAGGAAUGAAUGCAUUCCCAGUAAGAAGUGUGGAGCAUCAGCCCCAGACUGGUCCUGAUGGACCCUCCCACACAUGCACCCCUCCAUCCAUCUGGCCUACUCGUGUGUUUCUGGUUUUCUAUGUAAAGAUAUAAAGUUAUUUACAAUGUAAAGGAUUGAUCACCACUGACAAAACGUGAAUGCUUUGAUUUAUAAAAGCAAAUUGUUCAGCGGAGUGGUUACAUAAGGAAAUGUAAAAAUAAGAAGUUCAGGAAAGAUCAAAAUGUUUGCACAUAAAGAGGCUGUUAGUUUUUGUUUCCUUUAUUUGACACAUCUGUUCUUUUUUUCUUUGCCAUUUUCCAGCAGGAAAAGCAAAUGUAAAAUAAAUAUAUUUUAGAGUUGUAAAUUUGUUACGAUGGUUUUUAUUCUGCACGUCUUCAUGUCCAAUUUUUAUUCAUUAAUAAAUAAGUUGAAG